AUGUGUUUCGACUUAUACGUCCAUAACACUGUUCGCGAGCAUGAUACACGCCACCUAAGCAUCAUAAAUCCAGUCACCGGUUAUACGGUUUACAGCCCGUGGCAAGAUCCUCAGAUGAGCCCACCCUGUGAUUAUCCUCAUAUACUCGAUCCGAUUCCUCCUCGCGAGUCUUGUCCCUUCCACCCCAGGUGCUGUCGGCUUCAGAGGCACUUCGUAUGCCGGUUUAGGGAUGGGAGCUGUCAGACUCAAGUUAAGUAUCAUCAUUUUGUCGAGGAGACAAACGAUGAAACUAAAGAUACCUCCUUUCUAAGUGCGUACUUCGGGUACAACCCAUCCUUACUUUUGAUUGCUGCCUGGCUCUUCAAGUCCGGAGUUGAGCUCGCGAUUGCCGACAAGCACCGUAGCCAGAUAUCGCAACUUCUUGCCGAGAUGGCGGAGAGUGAUAAUAGCCAAGGUUGUAAGGCAAUAGAUUCAGUCCAGCAAGCAAAGCUCGAGGCGCGAUACGCACGUUUGACCUAUAUUAUAACAUGCUCCAGGGAGGUCAUCGGUCAAUUCGCUACACUUUGGGACUUGAACACCGGACCCGGUGCGCUGCCUCCGCGUCCGGGCAGCCAUCCGAACCCGGAGAGCAACGAGCCACUAUCACGAAGACUGAACCUCAGAACGGAUAGAUGGGUCAAAGUAGAUGAUGGUAAAUUUUCGUGGCCGCGACUCAUUCAGCUAUGGCCAAAUUUCGAGGCUGGGUUCCUCCCUAUCGGCGAUAAUCCCUCGGUUGUGCUUUGGAAUGAGAUGGGGGGAAGCCGGAGGGAUUUCGACCCCAUAUAUAACACCAUCUCGUUGACUCAGGGGCAGCAAAACACCGAUGUUGUCUUCAAUUCUGGUACGCCUGACAUUCCUCCUAUCCCUCCUUUUCCUCCUUUCCCCGAUACUAUUGAGGAAUCGCUCAGUAUCAAGGAUUGUAUCACGGUGGCUAAUAUUUCCACCUCUCUGACCUCGUCUCCACUCUCGUCUCCUCCUCCUAGCGACAUAGACUCCGAAUCAGACUCCGAUUAGACUAAGGUUUGUGUCUAGAAUAGCUAUCAAAGUGUUUAGUUGGCGAUUAAUUCUGAUUUAGGGGUCUCUUAAGAUUGUGAAGUAUGGGGAUGAAAAGGUAAAUAUUAAAUAUGAAUUUAGAAGUAAUUUAAUUCUCGUGAAGGGACUAGGUGCCUAGCUACCUACCCCAACUAGAUACUAGAUACUAUACCUACC